AUGCUUUGUACAGAAAGAUCCUUGGGGGCUGCCACCUGGGCUUACUAUUACAAAUCAGAAGGUACUUCCGACCUCAAAACAUGCAACGCGCAAAGCAACAAUGUCAACAGCACAGCGUGUCGCCUCAUUCGUGAUUUCGAGAGAAGAUGCCGUGAUCCCGCUUGGUGGUCCGAACAUCUGCGCAAGCAGGCCUUGGACGAAGUCGGUUUGACAAGUUCUAGCAGCCGGAAAAACCAGGUCACCAACGUUGCCCCUUCGUUUCUGGCAAUGGGAUAUAUCAAAACCCAAUACUGCGUGGCCUCCGAUGGGACCCAACUGAACUGCACAGAUGGGGCAAUGCCCAUGGUCUCGCAAUUUGGACUUCAGGUGAGAUAA